UUGGUAGCUCUAAUAAAACGUGCCCUAUAAAACGUGUUUCAGGAAAAGAUGUAAUCAAGCACACACACCCUUUCCUGGUUAUAAAGUUUUUUUUUCCUCUGCAUCUAUUUCCAGUUGGUGAACAGCCCAAACUUUUGGCCUUCCCUCCAGUAUGUAGAGCAGGAACACGUCUCAUCGCCAUGGGAUGACUGCUGGAGAUUAUGCUGCAGAUCUACCAAGACAUUGCAGCACUCUGAGAACAUGGAGGACUCGUACUAAAAGCCUAAAAAGCUUUCAGAGAUAAUGCAGUGGACCCCCACAUCCCGGAGAACCAACAGCCACACCAUGUCUUUUCUUUGGUCAUCUGGUGAAGUACUAACACUCUAAAGGACUUCAAACUUAAAAAGUGACGUCACUUCUGCUCUCAGCGUCCAGCAGUGUGGUUAGUCAGAAUGUGAGCGGAUGCAGAUUUUUGGGAGCCGUUUGCUGGGAUUUCUAUGUGGCUGCUUUUUGAUCUACUAACUCAACUUUCUCAAGGUCAUAUGGAUCAUUCGGUGCGCUUUCAAGGAACUUUUUGUUUUAAUCAUCUGGACUACUAACUGGAUCCACAUGAAGAAUAAAGGAACUAAGCAGAAGACCAAGAAGAAAGGAAGUGAAAAUGCGUUCGGCUGUGACCUGAUAGAACAUCUCCAGAAUUCAGGACAGGAUGUUCCUCAGGUCCUGAAGAAAUGUGCAGAGUUUAUUGAGAAGCAUGGGAUUGUGGACGGGAUUUACAGACUGUCGGGGGUUACCUCAAAUAUCCAGCGUCUCAGGCAGGAAUUUUGUUCUGAGGCGUGCCCUGACCUUACAAAGGAAGUGUACCUCCAGGACAUCCACUGUGUGGGUUCCUUAUGUAAGCUGUACUUCAGGGAGCUACCCAAUCCUCUGCUCACAUAUGAGCUUUAUAGCAAAUUCACUGAAGUGGUCUCAGUUCAGGAUGAUCACGAGAGACUUUUACACAUUCAGAAAGUCAUCAAAGAACUGCCGACUGCUCACUUUAGGACUCUGGAGUACCUUGCGAAGCACUUGUCCCACCUCGCUACCUUGAGCACCCAAACAAACAUGCAUACACGUAACUUGGCCCUUGUGUGGGCUCCAAAUCUGUUGAGAUCUAAAGACAUUGAGGCUUCAUCUGGUAAUGGAGACAUGGCUUUCCAGGAGGUGCGGAUACAACAGUCGGUGGUUGAGUUCAUUUUAAACCACGCAGAUCAGAUCUUCAGUGGUGAUUUUGCACAAAUUAAACCCAAAGAAGGGCCAAGUUUGAAGUGUGGGGAGAAGUACGCCACACUCCCCAUCAGUGGCCAGUGCGGGCCAAUGAAACUGAUGAGUCUGGAAGAAGCUCAGGCCCGCUCCUUAAGUCCAGAUCAUCCUCUGCAUAAAGAACGUCAGCGAGAGAACAGUUUGCCUGAUACAAGCACGGCCACGUUCUAUCACACUGUCAUAGACAUAGACAACAAGAGAAAGUUUUCUGGGAAAUCGAAGAAGUGGAAGUCCAUCUUCAACAUCGGAAAGUCUGUGGACUCAAAGGGAAAACUCAGCCGGAAUGGUAGUGUGUUCAUAAGAGCACAGGGAAUGACAGAAAAAGCAUCUCUUCGUCCAUCCAGGAGCAUGGAAUCGUUGUGCUCCCUGCCAACAGAUGAUGACAGAACAGGAAGCAAUAGCCCAGCUGGUGGACCAGGCAGUAUUUUCAUUCCGGAUGUAAAAUCCAGAACGCUGGGAUCCGACUCGCUCUGUGACAUUAGUGAGCAUGAUCAAAACUGGGAAUUUAAAGGGAAGAAAGCUGGGGGGGCAACAGGUGGCUGGAGCUCUAGCGUGAACCAAAAGGGGUCUGUGCCACCUCAAAAAAACCUGCCAGAGCAACUGAAGGUGUUUAAAGGUGAUGACCUCAGUGGCUACAAGCCCACCUCCCCAAAAAACAGGAGGAUGUUGUACUCGGCCUCCUCGCACAACAGCUCCUCCAGGCCCUCCUUUCCAGGAAGCUUCUUCCCACUGGAGUCAUCACCGAGGCAUCAGCGCAGAGCCGUCAAUAUAUCUGAGCCUUUUGCUGUGUCUGUACCUCUGCGUGUGUCAGCUGUUAUCAGCUCUAACAGCACACCAUGCAGAGGGCACACCAAGGACAAGGCAGCUACUCUGAAACCCUACAAAGAGACUUCAGAGCAGAGCAGCAACAGUGGAAAGAGCAACACUUUCCCCCAACUGGAACGGAAGAGGCAGGAAAGAGCAGAGAAGAAUAACAUAGAGGAGCUGACCUCCAGGGUAUCACCACAGGAUAUAAAGAAAGAAAUGGUCCAUGAAGGUCAAGAAGAGAGGAAUGUUUCUCAACUUGAAUCUCUGUCCGUUGCAAAUGCAAGAGAAGGCAAGGAUGCAGCGCCAUCUUCUGGGAAAGAACUGCCCAACGUGCCCAUAGACAAGGAACUGGACAAGGGAUCUCCUACUGGCAAAGACCUGUGGCCUGACCUCCACCAAGAACUGAAAAUAACUGAACCUGAAUUUGACCUGCUGGAUGAGAACUUUAAACAAGUUAAUCUCUCAAAAAGCAUUUGUGAGAGCACUAAGUUAACGAUGGAUGUCAGGGCGAAGCGCAGUCGCAGCUCUCCAUCUCUGUCUUUGCUAUGUAGAGAGCAGUCUUCAAAUACCUCCCAGAGUGACUGUGAAGUCUCCACAAAGAAGCAGCCCUCAGAGUCAGACAUCUUGCUGUCGCUUCACAAAAAUGCAACACCUACUGACAUGAUGUAUGAGAAAGAGAAGAAACUGCAUCUGAAGACCCCACCCUUAAGCAAAGAUGACCCAGUUUACACCAAGCAGAGGCAGCUUCUUUUAAAGGAAGCCAGUUUAGAGCGAGUGACGAAUCCUUUAAAAAUUGAGGAUGCUCCAGUGGUUGCAAGCUUCUCAGGAGCAGAAAAUAUAGACAGGAAAUCUCAGAAACAUGAAAUUCUUCAGGAAAACCAAAAUGCCCUCAGUGAUGGAGCAAAGAAAAGUGUGAUUCCUGAGGUGGAGGUUCCUCAGAGGCUUUCAGUGUGUUUGGAAGAGAAACGUAACACACUGGAGCUGCCAAACCUUGAUGAUGAUGAAGGAGGGACUUCAGAGGAGCUUGACCUGGUGGAGCCCUGGGAGGAUAUUAGCUUCACUAAGCAGUGGGUUACAAGCCCACUCCACUCACCUGAUGUGGAGCACUUAUUUAACCAUCUGUCACCCUUCAGCUCACUUGGGGAAACUCUGACCUCUGAGGUGGAGAAGAGUUCUUCUCCUCAAGUUGAUAACAACAAACAAUCCCUCAUUAGGAGCACUGAAUGCCUUCCAGGAAACCUUCUUCAGACUACAAGCAGCAAACCAGAAACUAAGUGGAUGUACGUGCCUUCAGCACCGACACGGACGAGCUUGAACGGCAAUAGCACAACGCAACCUCCAGUGGGGAAGUGCAGCACAACAAAACCGAAGAACACAGGAUCAUCUCAGAGGUUUAACAGACAAAUGUCGUACGAGCCAGCUGCUUCAGAGAAAAGAGAGGAGAACUGCUUUUCUAAACACAGGCCCUAUUCGCUUAAUUUAGACCUGGGACAUAGAUACAUCAGAGACAUUUCUAAUCAGCAAAAUCACACUUCAUCAGAGUUUUCCUCCUGCCAGAGAGGGUUAAUGGCCUCAUCUGGAGCUGUAAACAACAGGCUGCCCUCAGAGUUGGAGCUGUUUCUGAAUGAUCGUCAGGCGCCUCUCCGGCGAAACUCGGCCCCGGUCAGCGUGUCCUCUGUCCGGACGGCCUUCAUGAUAAAAACAUGCCAGGCCAAAGCCGUUCCCGUCAUCCCUCCAAAGGUGCAGUACAGUCAAAUACCUCACUGCAAACCUGAGAAUGAGUUUGACAAAGUGAAGGAACAAGAAAAGGAGAAUCCUAAAAUAAGCACAGAGAAAAGCACUGCUGCACCUCCUCCAGGCAUGUCAAAUCUAAAGGAGGAGCUGGAGAAUAAAGAGCCGGAGCCCAAACACCAAAAACAACCAAAUGUUGAGAAAUCUGCAGAGUCUCUGAAGAUCGCAUCCACUCCAGAACUGCCUGUGAUAACCAGGAGACACACGCCGAGUCUGGAAGUGUUUGUGGACUGUCCCAGACCCAGCAGAGGGAACCUGUUACAAAGACCAUCCUUUAGGAACAGACAGCGACCUCAAAGUCUUAUCCUGCUCAGCCCUCCUUUUCCCAUCAUGGACUAUCCAACGUCGGGGGAUGACGGCAAGCUCCUUUCACCCAUCAGGAGCCUGAAUGACACGUCAGCAGUGAAUGUCUUUUCUAAAGAGAUGGCCGAAAGUUUCAGGACACCAGAGGGGAUUGCUCUUCAGAAUAAAAUGACUAUUCCAAAAAGUGGACAGAGACUGGAAACAUCAACCAGCUGCUUCUACCAGCCGCAGAGAAGGUCGAUGAUAUUUGACAGCAGGAGCCACAGACAGAUUGAGUGACUGAAGCUACACUCACUGUCUAUGUGUGUAAAUAGAUGUAAUACAUAAAGGAAGAUGAUAUGAUAACCUGUUGUAAAUUUUAUGAGUCACACAUUCCUUGAAAAGCGGUUAAAAAACAGGAAGUAUGUGGGAAAGAGGAAAAGGAAGCCAUGAUGUGUCUGAGAGCUGUUUAUCUUUGACUGACAUCUGCAACCAAUUAUUUUUUUUUUCAGUUUCCAUCAGUCUAUCAUUUUGGGCUCUGUUGUGUUAGAGAUUAAUUUGCUGCCAACUACCGUAAUUGUUUUUAGCUCUGCAGAGCUUCAUUUAGGAAAUAUAUUUAAAAGAAAUUUUAGAAUAUCUAUAUCUGAAAUUUAAGUUCUACCUUGUCAAAGAAUUUCACUGCAAGACUGGAAAGUAUUAAAAGCAUCCUCUUGCUAUUAAAACUGCUUUUUUUUUUUUUUUUUUACUUACAAACUGGCUGCUGGGGAGCAUUUGUCACUGAAUAAAUGCUGAAUUAUACUAAAUAUUGUUUGAUGAAUGCAAAUUCACUUUGACCUUGGAAACAGCAGAUCGACAAAAACAAAAAUGGAUAACAAAACCUUAACUCAGGGUUAACUAACUAGUUGUUUAUUCUAGUUGCUUGAAGAAGUGAUGGACAAAGUAUUCACAUCGUAUGUUUUAGAAAAAGUACCAAUAUAACAAUAAACAACCAAAAAUAGUCCAUUGCACAGAAACCCUGCUUAAAAAUCCUACUUACAUGUGUAAGUAAAAGUCCAGAAUGUGGCAUCAAAGUCCUUAUUCUGAAGAAAAUGUCCCUGCGAGUGAGCUCUUAUUUUGUGUGGAUUUAUUUGGUGCAGCAGGUUGAGACAGAGUUAGUUUACAACUUUAUAAACAUUUAGAAGUGAAAUCUGAAGGGCCUGGAAAUGGUUAAUGAAGCAGGAAAGAACAAGCAGCAAAGCUCUGUUAUACUAAUCAGUAUCUGUAUUUUGUAUGUAAAAAUUAAUUAGUAGCUGCCUCUGUCAGAUAAAUGUAGUUCAGUAAAGUGGAAGUAUGGAGAAAUAUAAAGAAAUGUAAAAGGAAAUAUUCAACUCAAACACACUUACUUACUUCCCAAGUCAGGCUCAGGUUCAGGUUACUUUAUUCGUGAAUGCAGGUAGGUUUGGUCUGUAGUAAGUAAGUCAUCUGUCCUCAUGUGCAAAUUUUCAAAGCAAACACAGACAACAGAUAAGCGCAAUGUAACAUAACACAGAAAUGAUAAUAGAGAAUCCACACAACAACAUGUAGGAAUGUAGGAUAGCGGAAGUAUGAUUUGUUUAUCUGAGUGACGGCUGCUGCAACAAAGCUUUUUUCCUUUUAAACAAAAGAACAUGUUGAUCUGCACUUUGGGACUAGAAGCUGAAACUCACUAUGCUGCAGAUGUAACAGCCACACUCAUAACCAUCUGAUUCAGUGUGUUUCUGUUCAUUACACAUAAAUAUCCAAACCAUGACACUAAGGAAAAGGGCAAUCUCAAUAAAAGCAUGAUUUUUUUUUUUUUUUUUUGCACUCAGCUUCACAGUUUGCAUCAAAGUUCAGCACUGAAUCAAUAAUUGUUACAAGAUAUUCAUAAAACUGAACACAUUCUGCUGCGUGACUCUUAAUGGACGAGACCUUUUGUGUAUGAGCAUAUUUUCUAAAAUCAGUGAUCAUAUCUUUUGAUUUGUACAGGAUAAGGGCGAGGGCAUGCACCCAUGUGGGGAGCCGGUCGAGGAGCAGGACUUGAUCGGACAGAAUUCCAUUUAUCCUGUUUGUGUCCUGUUAGUUAUAAAGUCGUGAAUCCAGCCCACAAGAUUUUCAUUUAGCUCCGAUUGAAAUGUGAAUUGUGUUGAAGGCCAAAGAAAAAUCAGCACAUAGCAGUUGAGCAUGAGAACCUCUAACAGUUAAGUUCAGUGAGGUUACUGUAGCAUCUUCAACUCCUCUACGUGGUCAUAAGCAAACUGCAUGGACUGCAGUGACUAACCAGUGAUGGUUAGUCAUUUGUUACAGCUGAGUCUGCAGAAGCUCUGUCUGGAUUCUGGUACACUCACUUCCAAAAACGUCAGAAUACAGACACUGGAAACAAACAUAUCCCGAACCCGUGACUAAUGUACUGACACAAUGUGAGAUUACGACCUCGUCACUUAACCAACUGAAUUUGUUCUCAACAGUCUGAAUACAGGAAGUGUACAGUGGUGGUCAGCAGAAAGAGCUGACAAACAGUUUAACAAUCACAAACCCAAUCAGUUACAGGAAAAUCAUUUUAUUUAUUCCUUUAUGAACUUACAUGUGACAAUAAGGCUCAGUGAAGAGCUGAUGUCUUUUUUCAAAGAAGUAUUUAAAGGGAAAUUCCUGUUUCUAAAGUAAAUAUAUCAAGAGAUGAAUUAAUGCCAUUUACGCCACAGAAAGGCUUUAAUUCAUGAGUCAUUUUCAUUUUCUGUGAUAUUAUUUAAUGGAUUUAUCCGUGUAUUUAAUGACUUGUUUGUUUUUGAGAUAUAAAAAAAGUGCCUUGGAGAAAAGAUGCCAUCUGAUGAUUCUGAUGUUAUCAGAGCUGCUCGACAGACAGAAAACUGGAGCUUGCUUUGUGCAUGCUGACUGUAUUCACUGUGUUUGGAUCUUAAUGGUGCUUUGAGUGAAAGUAGAAUGAUGCCGUCUCCAGAUUUUUCUCAUUUUUACAUUUUCUGCUAUUUUGGGGUGAACAGCCAUAGAGAGAAAAACAAAACAAAACAAAAACACUUUGUAUGUUAGAUUGUAUUUAAGAUGCUAUUGAUGCCAUUAAAGAUUGCUGUGUUUUUAUACUGUAGUUUGGAUAGCCUGGAUGUGUGAUUAGUGUUUAUUUGCUUUGUAACUCAUGUAUACUUGUUGAUACUGAAAAUUAUUGAUUGAACUGUAUGUAUUCACAGGCAAAAGCUUUUGAGAUGAGUUUUGCCUUAAUGAUCUGAUUAUGGCGCCUAAAGCAAUUACAUAAGAUGCUUACAUAAGAUGAGUUUUGUUACAACAAAGAGUUAUGAAAAUAAAAUGUUUGGAAAAAAAACUCUAAUAAAUCAGCUUGUGUUUAGUUAAAUGAUAACUUAGGCUUCCACUGUGAUACACACGUGCAGUGAUAUGUGGUGUCAAUUUUCUGUUUUUGUGACUUGAAUAAUUAAGUGAAUAGAAAAUCAGCCCAUCUGUAAAAUGCAAAAAAAUUAAGUUGGGGGCCUGCAAGGCAAUAGUGAAACCCUCACUUUGCAUCUUUUUGGUAGAUUCUGAGGUGUUUACUGAACUCGUUUGUCUUUGAUGUUUUUUCUUUUUACAGACUCUGUAAUGUUUGUUUCCAGGAUUUGUUGAUAUGUAAUAAAAAUCAAGUCUUCUCUCUUCCAGUAAAAUGUUCCCUGUCCCAGUGGCUGCAACAC